AAGUUAUCCUACGUACCUAUUUGACUUAAAAAAUUACAAUAUGAACGGCAAAUUAUUGAUUGUUUUCAGUGUGCUACUUAUAAUACUUAACAGCGAAGUGAGAUCAGAAAACGAAGCGAAAACUGAAGAGAAAUCAGAUACAAGAAGCCCAGUCAUAGAUCGUUCCUCGGUACACCACCACCCUCACCACGACCCCACGUUCCACGGGUUCUGGAAGAAGAAGUUCGUGUGGCGUCCCCGGUGGGUGAAAACGUGGCAAGAGAAGAAGGUCUACGUCGCCGUGUGGAAGAGGAUGUGGGGGCCCGUGGAGGUCAAGGAGUGGGUCCCGGUGCCCAAGCCACCCCCCGGCUGGAUCAAACAUGACGUCGGCUCGUACGUCGUCAAAGCUCAUCCUCAUGUCACUAAUAAAUAGAUAAUGCCGAAUGUUCGCUUAAGUACAAAGUAUAAGUAAAAGUAAAAAGCAGCAACAAAACAAAGAGGGAUCGAUUUUUCAAUUUCGAAUGCACGAAUUCGCCGUUCGAAAGUCUGUGGAAAACGACGUACUGCUAUUUUUGAAAAAGGACGGGUUGUAAUUUUAAAACUAGUGGAGUCGUUUUCGGUUCUGUUAGUAGAAUUUAAAUCGCUAGUAGUGGAGAUAUUAUUGAACGAAUUUCACGUAAUCGAAUGACCGAGAUUCAAAAAUCGGCCCCUAGCAGACAGCUAGAAGCUUCAUUUAAGGCCCAUUUACACGAAUUACACAGUGCAAGAACUCGCGUGCGAUUUUCAUUAAAUGGCGGUAUUUAAUUUGCGUUCCUAACUGUAUUGUAUGUAGGUAACCUUAACAAUCCGCAAUGCAACUAAAAUCACAUGCGAGUUUGCGCCUCGCGCUUUUUAAAUGGGUCCAUAGGUUGGAUAGAGUAAAGUAUGACCUUUAGCCUAAGGCUAGAUAUGUAGCUAUUGUAGCUAUAUGAUAACAUUGAUAAUUUAUUUUUAUUAGUACCUAAGUGAUUGUUAUUUAUUGCAAAGCGACAAUUGCGAAUUAUAAUGGCGAAUGGUUUGUCACGUUAAAAAUGUUUGUUUAAAUUAUUUAUUUAUAAUUUUUACUGUAUAAAAAUAGGUAGGGCAUUUCUCAGAGUGUUUCAACUUUUUUGAUUUCGGUGGCAGCAUUAUUACCCGAACCCCGUAAGCGUAGCAUGAGUUU